AUGCACCCCGGGCUCACAUCCCACCUCCUUAGACGACCUUGGCUUUCACUGCCUGCCCAACACGAGGGCAAAGGAGGUGACAAUGACCUCGCCGACGGUCUCAACGUUGCCGACGUCCUUCGCGAGAGACAUCCUGACCUUUUCCAAGUCCUGGUCGACACCCCCGUCUAUUUUCAGGAAAGCCUUCCCCCAAAUCACUUUAUUGAUUCGAUAGAUUCACGAGAGUCCCCGUUGUCAUGCGACAUCCUCGUCCUGGACAACACCCGAGUCCUGCACGGGCGCCAGGCCUUCGAGCCGGACGUGUCAUCGGGUCCUCGGCACAUCCACAACGCCUACAUUGACUGGGACGAGUUGAGGUCGAAGAGGCGGGUCCUGCAGAGGAGGUUCAAGGUGGAUCUUGCCUGAGGGGGGCGUGGUUUCAGGGGAUGAAUCUUUUUUUUUAAGUUGGAUGACUUUUUUUUUUAAGUUUUCGUUUUUUU